UAGAGGCAGUAUAUAAAUCCGGGAUUGUGGAAUCAUAUUGUGGUAGAGUCUAGUCCUGGCACGGGGUUGCCAAAGUAAAAAAAUGUUAUUGACUAAUUUGUCAUUUUUUCUUUUAGCCUUUGUGGCGGCAGCGGUGAGUGGUGAAGGAAAAAGUUCAAGCUCUAAGCAUGAGCUGGAAUGGCCUGAGAAAUACUCUUUCGAAAUAACUAAAAUCAACCUUGCGUCCGGUUUGGUCGAAGACAUCAACAUUUGGCGAACUGAGAAGGAGUCGAGGGUAGAGUACAACCAUGGCGCCGUCAAAUCAUUCGUAGUCAAAGGCAAAAGCAGAAGUUCACGCGGGUAUGCCUAUGAGAUCCACCCCGAGACGUACGGGGAAAGCGAAGAAAAUAAAAUAGUCUGCCACACUAGGAGGCUAAGCAGGUGGGACUCUGGCCCUGUAGACGUCUUACCUGCCAUUGAUGACUUUGAAGAAGUUGGUGAAGAAAUGAUGAAAGACCAGGAGUGUACAAAAUUCUUCAAAGAAUCUGUAGAUGGAAAAAUAGAAUCGAAACAUACACUAUGGGCUUUUUACGAUACUAGAGUCAAAGCGUGGGUCCCGACAAGAUAUAUGCUGGAAGAAUUCAACACCUGGCUCGGUUACAUCGACCGUCGAGAUAUGUGGGACUUUGAAAAUUUCAACAUUAAUUUUGAUGAGAAAGAAAUCUUCAACGCUGAUUCAAUGUGCGAAGAAGACGAUCCAAUCAGACAUAUGAAAGACGAACGUGUCACCAAACACUUAGUCUUCAUAGACCCUGAAAAUGAAGACCAUGUUGACCACGUGUUUAAAGCAUUCAAAAAGAACCACAACAAGAAAUACGCUCACGAUGAUGAACAUCAGAUGAGGAGGAGGAUCUUUCAACGUAACCUUAGACUCAUCAAGUCAACGAACAGCAAAAACCUUGGCUACAAGCUCACUGUAAACCACUUCGCUGAUCGCACUCCGGAGGAAAUGAAACGUUACACUGGUCUGCUGAGACGACCUGAAGGCAAAGUCGGCACUCAUCCGUUUCCCUAUACUACAGCUAAAUUGGGUGAAGAAGCCAGCAAACUGCCUUCUGUUUAUGAUCUGAGAUUAGAAGGUGUCAUCUCGCCUGUACAAAAUCAAGAAACCUGCGGAUCUUGUUGGACUUUCGGAACUACAUCAGCUGUAGAAGGUGCUUUGGCACGUAGCAACGGCGGAAGACUCAUGAGACUCAGCAACCAGGCUCUAGUGGAUUGCGCUUGGGAAUUCGGUGCAGCGGGCUGUGAUGGAGGUACCGACAACGCCGCUUACGAAUGGAUGAUGAAGUAUGGUCUCCCGACUAUUGCUGACUACGGAACUUACGAAAACCAGGACGGGUACUGUCAUAUACAAAAUGUGUCGAAGACCUACAAGAUCAGCGGAUACGUCGAUGUUACCCCGAAUAGCAUUCAAGCACUGAAAGUUGCUCUGGUGAACCACGGUCCUCUAUCAGUGUCGGUGCAUGUGACUUCAGCCUUCGCUUUGUACUCUGGCGGAGUAUUCUACGAUUUUGAAUGUAACCCAAUGAAUUUGAACCAUGAGAUCACCCUAGUCGGCUACGGCGAGGAGUACGGGGAAACCUUCUGGAUCGUGAAGAACUCUUGGGGUCAGGAUUGGGGCAUUGAUGGUUUCAUGCACAUCGCUGCCAAGGAAAACAACUGCGGUAUCAUGACUGAGCCCACUUACGUCAUGUUCUAAGACUAUUCUAUAACUGACUUUUUCGUAUUUAAUCGCUUCUAUUUUGUGUUUUUAAUAUCGACCAAUUAGGGACUUAAACUAUAUGAGUCAAUAGCGAAGCAAUAGGUAUAGUGUCUAUAUAGACAUUAUCUUUUCAUAGCCAAUUUAAUUCAUCAAGUUCAUUUAAUUAUAUGUUACAUUGUUAAUAACUUUGUAUAAGUAGAUCACUAAUCGGAAAUUCCUCUGUAGUUGUCUAUUUAACCAUUUUUCAUGUAAGUAUAUCAAACAAAGAAAUCAUAGUAAGAGCGAUUAAACAUUGUUGUUGGUACUAUCGAACGAUGACUUGGCGAGAAUGAGGAUUACGACUCUAUGUUUCUAUAUGUAAAUUAUUGUAGCAUAUUUUUCAGUAGGUAAGCACGUGGAAUCUAGGUAUAACUUAUAAUAAACGCUUGUUUCGCA